AUGAAGACGCAAAGUGUCAGCGCCUUUCUGUACACCGUUCGAAUGAUGUAUAUUUUAAAAAAGGGGUCAUACCGAUGGAAUUCCCAGGCGCGUUAUUCGGUGUUCUCGCGCCCUAUUAGCACACGGAACGCAAGUUCACAGGGAGGCAAGGGGUUCGCAGCGGCACCACUGACCCGCCAGACAAACACCACUGCCGCUGGUGAGCAGCGUGUGGAGGUCGCGGGUCGCACGCAGCGCAGCGUCCCCACCUCCAGCUGCCCUCCGCCAGUCGCAAUGAAUGUGAAUGGUGUCAUCUCCAAGUCUGGCCUCAAUGGGUAUCCUGUGGAGCGGCAUCGAUGUAUACAGCCGCCAAGGGACCUGUAA